UGUUUUUGUGAAAAAAAUAUCUACUUACUUUUUGUAUGAAGAAGCAUCAAGAACGAAAAAAUAUGAUGGAAGAAGAAGAAGAAGAAGAAGAAGAAGAAGAAGAAGAAGAAGAAGAAGAAGAAGAAGAUAUUCUUCACCAAGCGGUAUCCUGUGGCGACCUUGAGCAAGUUGAAGAGUUGUUGAAGAGAGACCCGUCUUGUGUGAAUCAUUGGAACCUCAAUAAUGUUACACCUCUGUUCAUGGUCUACCACACCAUUGAUCAUUCAAAUCCUGUACAAGCUGACGAUAGGCUGCCAAUGAUGAAGCUGCUCCUUGAUUAUGGUGCUGAUGUAAAUAAUAGCUAUUUCGAGUUAAUACUGCACCAGGUCGUUAAGAAAAAACAGAUCAAUGGAGUGAAGUUUCUUUUAGAAAAUAAAGCUAAUCCAAAUAUCCGGGACUACAACAAUCAAACUGCUUUGCACAUUGCGGUAACUCUCGGUUUAGAAGAAAUUGUUAAGCUGCUUCUAAAUCACGAAGCAGAACCCAAUGUCGUUGAUUGCAAAGAUUUAAUGCCAUUGGAUAUGGCCUUUCAAUCUUAUAAUUUUUAUAUUGUGAAGACACUAGUAAUGUCAGGUGCAAAGAGUAGAAACAUAUACAACAAUCUGCUAAGCGCAUGUGUACAUGUCUCUCAAAGAUUGACAUACCAACAACUUCCAUUCAUCGAGUUUUUAUCAAGAUACGCGAAGGAUAUGGAUGCUCACGACCACUUCUCGCCUGACACUCUGAUGCGCUAUAUGGUAUCCAAAAAACAUCAAGAAAAUCACGUGGAAGGGAAAACGUGUCUCAUCCUCGAAAUCUUGCUGCAGAUAGGAAUUGAUGUUAACAGCGACAUGGCCAGUUCGGACUUGCAUUUGGCUGUCCGUGACGGAAAUGUUGCAAAAGUCAAAGCUCUUCUUUUGCAGGGAGCAAACGUCAACGCCAAAAAUUACUUUAACGAAACACCGCUGCACUCACUGUUCGAAAUGAAAAAGGCGAGCGAAGCACGGUACAAUAUUGCUAGUAUGCUUAUUGAAUCCGGAGCUGAUAUGAGCGUGCACAAUUUCAAUGACGAGACACCAUUUUAUUUGGCUCGUAACAACGAGAACCUUUUAAAAUUGAUGCUAGCUAAGCUGACGGGGGUCGACAAAGCGACACUAACUAAGGCUCUUGAACAUUCAAUGCCUCAAUUGAUAAUUAGCCAUAACGAGAAUGAGUUUAAUCUAAACGUACUUAUUGCUGCAAUCGCUUUUGGUAACGAAAAGCUCGUCGAUCGCUUGCUUGACGUGGUUAACAUAAACCAGGCAAAUCAGAAUCUUUGUCAAGGCAUUGCCCUCGCUUUGCACCGCGCCGUCUAUCAGCGCUCGUACAGCAUCGUUGAGCUACUCCUCGAGGCUGGCUUUCGAACUCACAGAAACUUUUCCGGAUACAUAAACAACUCUCUUUCUUAUCAGAGUACAGACGACGAUUUAUUCAUAAAGUGCUUAUUUUGGGAAUACAGAGAUAUUCCAACCGUGCAGAAGGCGAUUAUACAGGCCCUCGAUGAUAUCACUGAUGACUUUGUUCUAAGCAAAUGUACAUUUUUAUCACUUUUUCACUAUAUCAUUGAAUUACGCACAAAAAAGCCAAAUGGCUUCUUGGAAUCAUUAAAUGGACUUUAUAAAUUACAUGAGGAGUUGCCGCCAAUGAUUUUGGAAAACGACGAACUACUGGAUGGGCUGGAAGAAGCUUUAAUAUACAGCUUAACUGUCUUUGACAUACUUACAAUGAGUUUUUAUUCGUUGGUCAAGUUGUUGCAUAGAAAUGUGCUUAUAAAUUGCGCGGAAUAUAUCUCCUUUCUGAAAGAAAAGGACGAACGCGAUUAUUACGAAUACGUGAUAAUAACACGCCUUGAUUUAGCUAUCAAAACAAGAAAGCUUUGGAAUACCGCAAGGGAUUCUGUAAACAAAGCUUUCAAGGAUGUUCUGAGUCAAACGAGUUUUGAAAGUUUACCAGAAGAAAUAAUGUGGAAUAUUUUUGUUCACAUCAACAUGAGAGACUUGAAAAAAAUGGUAGCUUAACUUUAGGAAAAAAAAUUAUUUUUGUCAAUUAUCAAGAUUUUUGUACUGCUGGCACUACAAUUUUGUAAAAAAAAAAAAAAACAAAAAAAAAAAAACUGAUGUAGUUGUGAUACGUUCAAUAAUAAUUUGCACUCCGGGUUACUAUUAUCAAUCAACG